AUGAGAGUGCUCGGUUUGGCGCAGUCGGUAGAGCGGGGGGCUCGAGCUCGGGAGGUCCCUGGAUCUCGAAAGCCUGAUCAUUUAUCUGAUGGAUUGACGUUCUCGGAUUUUCGAUCAGUUGGUGAUUGUCAUGACGAAUGCGCAACUGGCUGCACCGAACCGAGAAGUUCGAGCGCUUGCUUCACCUGUAAACACCUCACUCAGACGUUGCGUAAUCGAGCUGGUUUCAAAUGUGUAACUAGAUGCGAUGACGGGUAUUAUCUUGAUGGAGACAAUUGUCGGAUUUGCUCAGUGCAUUGCAAGACUUGUUCCGCGUCAGAGGUGUGUGAGACGUGUCCAGGUGCCCAGUUGAUCAUCGACGUUGCGCAUUAUGGCCAUUUCGAUCACGGCACUUGUGUCGAUCAAUGUCCAAUGGGAUUAAUUGCGGAUUAUCAAACGAAUCUCAUCCAAGCGAGAUGUGUAUUGAAGGAGAAUAUGUGCGGAGAAGGCUUUUACCUUGCCGUGCAAAACAAGUGUACACUGUGCGAUGAGGCGUGCAAGACGUGUCAUGGAGCGGGUCCUUUAUUCUGUGACACUUGCGCCGAGGGUUACGGUAAUGUGAGCGUCGGUUACUGUCGACCGUGUUGCAAGACAGGGCAACAACCAGAAGUUUAUCAUUGUGAAGACUGUACUUUGAAGCGGCCAUUGUAUCGAUCGCAUGCAUCGAGUUCCCUCUUUUGGUCAUUUAUCUGGGUGAUUCUCAUCGUGAUGAUUAUGGCGUUGAUCGGCUUUGGCUUCAUGUGGUGUUUUAAAGAGGACGGCAUUGAAUACACGAAGCUUUCCCAUUACAAUAGUGCUCAGGAUCGGGUACGCAUCUUGGAUUCAGAGUCGGACUCGGAUGGAGAAGAGAUAUUCAAUAGUCGAUUGAGGACCGAGAUU